CACACUGGCAUUUUUAACACCGAACCUAACAAUACAACACAAAAGGCAUCAGGAAAAAGUCGCAAUCUGAUUGGACAGCUUUUAUGACGUAUAUUUUGCGACGGAACUUUCGAACAUCCAAAACAAUGCUGGCUGCUGGGCUAAAUGUGCUUGUUAUAUUUAUAUAUGUAUAUAUGGUGGUAUUUUUAACAGCUGAGAACAAAUGAAGAGCUAAUAAAAUGUGUAAAGGAGUCAAAACAGCACCCGGAAUUCCUCCGUUGCACACACAAACAAAGAAAUGCUACAAGGACGGCUGACGGCGGUUCCGGCGCCUUUACUGAACUGUAAUGGGCAACAUAGCUCCUAUGAUGAGAAGAACCAGGUAUGCUUGAGGUGUGGCCAAAACAGGGCUUUUGUUUUAAGGGAGGACUGUUCUCCUGUCAUUUCUCUCUGCUGAUGUCCCCUUCUGCAUCGUAAAUUCAUGAUCACAUGACUUUGGAUAUGGACGCGGUCCUGUCCGACUUUGUCCGUUCUACUGGAGCUGAACCUGGACUGGCCAGAGACCUGCUGGAGGGCAAGAACUGGGACCUCACAGCUGCACUGAGCGACUUUGAGCAGCUGAGACAAGUGCAUGCCGGUAACCUGUCAUGCACCUUUACAGAGGAGAGAGAGUACCCCACUGUUGAUAAGGAGAUGGCUCGGAUGGGGCGGUCCCUCUUGCAUCGCCAAGAUGAGGUUUGGCAAGCAGCCACAGAGAAGCGCUUGUCGAGGGGGAUUUCUCACGCCAGCUCCACCAUCGUCUCUCUGGCCCGUUCUCACAUGUCCUGUAUGGGCAGCAUCAACGAGCCGCUUCUCGACACUCCGCUCUGCACCUUCCAAUUACCCGACCUCACCGUCUUCAGAGAUGAGUUCCGCGGCUUCAUCGAAAGAGACCUCAUUGAGCAGUCAAUGAUGGUGGCAUUGGAGCAUGCUGGCCGGCUAAACUGGUGGACUCGUUUGGGGACUGGCUGUCAGAGUUUAUUGCCUCUGGCUACUAGUGGAGAUGGGAAUUGCCUGUUACAUGCAGCCUCUCUGGGUAUGUGGGGCUUCCAUGACCGAGACCUGAUGUUGCGGAAGUCUCUCUAUGCACUGAUGGAUCAUGGGCAAGAAAGGGAGGCUCUAAAACGCAGAUGGAGAUGGCAGCAGACUAUGCAGAACAAAGAGUCAGGGCUGGUGUACACGGAGGAAGAGUGGCAAAAAGAGUGGAAUGAGUUGUUGAAGUUGGCGUCUAGUGAACCCAGGAUACACUACAGCACCAACGGCAGCAACGGUGCUGAGUCGCAGGAGGAGCCGGUGUAUGAGAGUCUGGAGGAGUUUCAUGUGUUCGUUCUGGCUCACGUGCUCCGCAGGCCGAUUGUGGUGGUGGCCGACACCAUGCUGCGAGACUCUGGGGGAGAAGCUUUUGCACCAAUCCCAUUUGGAGGGAUUUACCUGCCCCUGGAAGUACCAGCCAACAAGUGUCACCGCUCCCCUCUUGUUCUGGCAUAUGACCAGGCCCAUUUCUCAGCCCUGGUCUCAAUGGAGCAGAAGGACAGUUCAAAAGAACAAGUGGUUAUCCCGUUGACAGACUCAGAUCAUAAGAUGCUGCCUUUGCACUUUGCUGUGGAUCCAGGGGAAGACUGGGAGUGGGGCAAAGAUGACAACGACAAUGUGAUGCUAGCAAGUGUAACACUAUCUCUGGAGGCCAAGCUCCAUCUGCUACACAGCUACAUGACUGUCACCUGGCUUCCUCUACCGUGUGAGGUACAGCAAGCUCCACUUGCCCAGCCAGAGUCACCUACAGCAUCUGCAGGAGAGGAUGCCCGCACCCCACCAGACUCUGGAGAGUCCGAUAAGGAGUCAGUCAGCAGCAGUUCCAAUGGCAACGGAGACAGCAGUACUGCUGGAACCAGUUGGGGAACAGGCAAAACUAGUGGUGGAACAUCCAGUUCUUCUAGCUCAUCCAGUAAUAGCUCGACAGGGCUGACCGGCACAAUUGGCAAGGAGAAGGGCAAGAAAGACAAAGACAAGGAUAAGGACAAGAAACGCGCAGACUCUGUUGCCAACAAGCUGGGCAGUUUUGGCAAAAGCCUGGGCAGUAAGCUGAAGAAGAAUGUGGGAGGCCUGAUGACAGGGAAGAAUGCAAGUGGGAGUGGAGGCAAACCGGAGGGCCAGGAAAAGAUCAAAGGCUGUCUGAGAGGUAGCAAGGGCAGUAAAGACAGCUCUCCCUCCAUUCAGACUGGCUCUGAGGACUCAGGGAAAGGUUCACCCUCUUCAAACAGCGAGCGUCAAAAUGGAAACUGCUCUUCCGAAGGUGACCCUUUCAAAUAUAGUUCGGAUGUGAAGGUGAGUCUUAGCAUCCUCCGAUCUACCAUGCAAGGUGAGAGAAAGUACAUCUUUGCUGCUCUACUCACUACCAGCAACCGGCAGCCGUUCCAGGAGGAGAUGAUCCAGCGCUACCUGUUGGAUGCAGAGGAGCGCUUUCACGCAGAGCAGGAACAGAGGAGGGAAGCUGAACGCAAAGCUGUGGGUGGUCUUACAACAAUCGGUGGAUCCCAAUUAAAAAAGGACGUGCCGGAGUUGAGUUACCGAGGUUUUGAAGGCAAGGAGGAAGCUACUGAUAACUCGCCUCCUAACUUCAGUGCUUUGAAGUCCUCCUCUUUCAGCCCAGCCAUGUACUCUGGUGUUGUCCCCAUACCAAGGCCUACCAUCAUUGAUCAUUCUUCUUCCCCAAUCACCCAACAUCUGCAUAUGCAUGGUUACAUGGAUACUCGACGGCAGCUUGCAGGAGGAUCACCAUCCUCUUACCCUGGCCUGCCAUCCUAUGCUACCCUACCCCGACACUGUCCCCUAGCACAGGGUCCUCCCCAUACCCAGUACCAUCCACCUUCCACCACUUUGGGGAGCCCAUCCCGUAUCACUCCCUGCCUGACGUCUUUUUCUCAGGAGCAUGACCCAACUGAAUACCCAACCAAACCGACCAAGGGAGGGUACACAAAUGGCUUGCGGGACUUCCCCUCUAAUUUGGAUAGUCACAAUGGGCCAAUGCCAGUGAGACAUUAUUCCUUAGGCAGUGCAGGUGGCCUGGCCAGUCUGCAGUCAAGCAGAUGCAGAACGCCUUCCUGCAAUUACUACGGUCACCCAGAGACGGGCAACUACUGCUCAUACUGCUACAGAGAGGAGCUGAAGAGAAGGGAAACAGAGCCAGCCAUUCACAGGUUCUGACUAGACAGCCGGUUCUGCUUUCUCUUUGAGAUGAGAUCAGCCUUUCCGAACCAGGUUACUGAGACUCCGUGACCGAGGGGACAAUGGCGAUUGGCCGUGGUGGAAAUGGGACUGCUGUUGUGUUACAUUUGCUGUGGCUCAUAGGCAGGAGCUUUAAGCUCCUCCCACAUUUGCUUGGUUGUGGUCAUCCUCUUAGCUGUCUCCUCUAGUGGCGAGAAUGUAGAGCACAGGCAAAUAGACAUUGGAGCACAACGUGCUACCUUGCAUCACACAAACAUGCGUAUACCCCAAAAAUACACAUUAAGCACAACCAGAAAAUGCUUAUCAGCUGCAUUUGUAUAAAAUAAUAGGCAUUUAGAGAUGGGAUCGGAUUUCAUCUGCAAUCAUUAUAAGAUUUGCCAUAUUGCAUUUUUUAAGGCAACAAUACAAUGUCAACUGAAAGUGAGCGCUAUCCAUGAGGGCCCAUUUGUUUCAUGCUCUAAUACUUUAACCUGCACCCCUUUUGAAGACAUAACCAGCUGGCUUAAAUUAGCUGUCUUCAGAAAUGGUGCUUUCUUGCUUCUAAGAUGUUCAGCUUGAACCUUGACAGCCAAAGGUUUUGCUUUAGGUCUCUCUCACUCCUUCACACAUAAUGUCUGUAUUAUAAAUUACUGUUGUUUACAUUCUGUUAUAUGAAGCCCCUUAGAGGACAAGGAAGUAAUUUAUGUUUUUUUUUCAUCCUUUGCAAUAGUUUUGCGUUACCGUGCAGUUUUGGGUUCACUCGCAAAGCUUUACCCAUACCUAACGAAAAUUAACCAUUCUUUUACUACAGUAACCGUAGUGCUACGGUAUUUGGUGGGAAGCAUGGUUUUAAAAAUCAUUGUACGUGUACCACAAAUUAAGCAUGGUAUAACUAUAGUAAAACUGUAGUAACUAGUUUGUUUUGUUUUUUGUUUUUUUCAGAAUGAUUGAAGAUUGUAUUUUUACUAUAGUUUUUCUACAAAUAUCAUUGUUGAAAUAUGGUUACUGUAAGAAAACCAUGGUAAAUUAAUUUUCAUAAGGGAUGUAUUAAGCUAUUGGAAGGGAACCCAAAAUAAUUGUAAGGGAACACACAACAUUGCAAAGGGACGCAAAACUUUUUGUAAGAAAACACAAACUAAUGCGAGGCAACGCAAAAUUAUUCCAGAUAAUAAAUUCCCUCCAUGUUGGAAUUCCUAAAACAAAAUUUUAAAAGGGUUUAAGUGCAAAACCUUUGAAAUUAGAUCCAAGUUGAUGCCCUUCAUCAAGGAAAGUCAUUGGUAUUGUCCAUAGAAAAUGUCAUGAUUUCUGUAGUCGUAUCCUAAUAUUAAUACAUGGGAUGAGCACCAAGUCCCCAUUUUUUAGGAAUGGUACAUUGUGCGGUCUUUAUACUGAAGUAUUUAUACUAAUAAAUUAGCUCAAGUCAAGCAAGUUACUGGCAGGUCAAAAGAGGCCAAUAUUGAAAAAAUAUCUGACAUCUUAGAAGUAAGCUCCCUUUAAAUGUUACUGCUUCAAAUAAAACAGGAUGUUCCUUGAUGAUAUCAGGCUACCCUCAAAUUCACUGGACAUAUAUUCCAUUGCAUAAAGACGUCGCAUUAUUGCUCCAUAUACUUGUGACGGAGCAGUCGGUAGACUUUGCUGCACAAAUUCAAGCACUUUUCUUGUGACCAGAGGUUGUACGUGUAAGGUUGUGGGUUUAAGACGUGACAAUGAUAAGACAGUUAUGUUGCUGUACUUCAUGCCUGGCUAUCAUACAGCGGUAUGCUCCAUUCUAGAGGUAGAGCUUGCAGUUUCCUCCUGUGAACUGCGGAGGUCAGGGUUUGGCUUUAGGUGCCACUGUGUUGCGCGCAAGCUCACUUGUUUCCUAGUUGCCUUUAAAGUCUUAGUUCAAUCCUUCAGGAGAUUGGUGAACUGAAUUUCUGCUUUUGUUUGUUUUUGGGUUCACAGUGUUGAUUAUAGUGUUGUCAGUAUUCAUGGACAUUUGAGAGAUGAUAGCAGAUCUCUCGGUAUCUAAACUGACAAAUUAUUUUAUGACAAACAUGACCUUUCAAAAAUCCUGUUACGCAGUUAACAGACAGUACAGCUUUUGUUAAAGCCAGCUAGUUGUUAAAGGGUUCAUUCACCUAAAAAUGAAAAUUCUAUCAUCAUUUACUCACCCUCAUGUAAUUCCAUGUAAAUCCACAUGACUUUCUAAAAGCACCAUAAAAGUAGUUCAUACGACUUUAUUGACACAAGUCUUCUGAAGCCGUAGGAUAGCUAUGUAGGGAUGAUCAGUUGCUACUCACUGAAAAUCUUCCCUUCCGCCAUAUCUCUCAAGUCUCAUUUACAUAUACUCUAUAUUUAGCAAGAUUUUCAGGUCUGUCAUUUCUUCUUAAGACUUGAAAGAAUUUGAAUGAACUACAUUUAUGGUGCAUUUUUGGAGCUCAAAAUGCCUGUAACUAUUCAUUUGCAUUGUAUGGAAAAGAGCAGCCUGGACAUUAUGCUAAUUGUUCUCUACCUACUGAAACAACAUGAGGGUGAGUAAUUGAUGACAGAACUUUAUUUUUGAGUGAACUGUUCCUUUAAACUGAUGCGACAGCUCUCAUUGCUCAUGUGUAAUGGGCUCAGUAGUUCUGUAAAAGAUGUUGCUGCUGUGAUCAUGUUCAUUUGAAAAGCUGAUGUUGGUAGCUGUUAGUGUACUGCACUGGUGGUAGAUUCUCCCACCUUUAAAACAUUCAAUACAAAUGUAGUCAGUCGAAUGCAAAUUUGUGUAUAACUCUUGUCAGCUCAAGGCCACAUCACUUGUUAAAUUUUUCAACAUUUGCAUAAUGAAUUAUACAAUUAUAUAUGCUAGGCUAGUAUGCUAACAAAAUUUACUAACCUACAACAUACCACUUUGUGUGGUUUCUACCUACACCGAUCAGCCACAACAUUAAAACCACCUGCCUAAUAUUGUGUAGGUCCCCCUCGUGCUGCCAAAACAGCGCCAACCCGCAUCUCAGAAUAGCAUUCUGAGAUGACAUUCUUCUCACCACAAUUGUACAGAGUGGUUAUCUGAGUUACCGUAGACUUUGUCAGUUCGACCCAGUCUGGCCAUUCUCCGUUGACCUCUCUCAUCAACAAGGCAUUUCCGUCCACAGAACUGCCGCUCACUGGAUGUUUUUUGUUUUUGGCACCAUUCUGAGUAAAUUCUAGAGACUUGUUGUGUGUGAAAAUCCCAGGAGAUCAGCAGUUACAGAAAUACUCAAACCGGCCCAUCUGGCACCAACAAUCUUCCAUUCGAUUAUCUAAUCAGCCAACCGUGUGGCUGCAGUGCAGUGCAUAAAAUCAUGCAGAUACAGGCCAGGAGCUUCAGUUAAUGUUCACAUCAACCAUCAGAAUGGGGAAAAAAUGUGAUCUUAGUGAUUUGGACCGUGGCAUGUUUGUUGGUACCAGAUUGGCUGUUUUUAGUAUUUUUGUAACUGCUGAUCUCCUGGGAUUUUCACACACAACAGUCUCUAGAAUUUACUCAGAAUG